AUGGCGAAUUGCGUGGUUGUGAAUAGCAAUUUCACAUCAAAUGUGUUUCACGAAUCUUUUCCAAACAUAAGAAAGGUUCCUCAAGUUCUUUAUCCUGGCAUACAUUUCGAUGCAUAUGACAAAAAAGUGGAUGUUGAUGAUAUUUAUAUUAAGAUUUUAGAAAGUUCGAAAAUGACAAUUUUAUCAAUUAAUCGGUUUGAAAGGAAAAAAAAUAUUGUACUUGCCAUACGUGCCUUUGCAAGGUUACGAGAUGACGACAUGAUAUCUGAAGAACAAUUUAUCAACUUGCGCUUGGUUAUUGCUGGCGGCUAUGAUUAUCGUAUGCAAGAGAAUGUGGAGCACCAUAAAGAGUUGGAUCGAGUAGCUUUACGAUUAGAACUCAAAACCUUUACAAUUAUACCUGGUUCAACAGAAUGUCCACCUGAAUCUGCCCAAGUAAUCUUUUUGUGCUCUUUUAAUGAAGCCCAAAGGACAUAUCUAUUAUCAAAGUCACAUUGUCUUUUAUAUACUCCAUCAAACGAACAUUUUGGAAUUGUACCAAUAGAAGCCAUGUAUGCUCGUUUACCUGUGAUCGCAUGUAAUAGUGGUGGUCCAAAAGAAACUAUUCAAAAUGGUAUAACUGGUGUUUUAUGUUCGCCUACGCCUCUAGAAUUUUCUGAGGCAAUUGCAGCUUUUAUUUCAGGCGUCUAUGAUCGUGAAGUUAUGGGUGAUCAUGGGAGAGAACACGUAAAAAAAAAAUUUUCUCUGUCUACUUUUGUUAAUUCACUUGAGCUCAUCUUAUUGAAAUCUAUGCAAGACUCUUCAAGACCAAAACAAUUACAAGGCCCUUUGAUAUGGUUUUCUACUGCUAUCACUUUAUUUAUACUUUUAUUAUAUCG